CGAACACCAAUCAGUUGGGCUGCAGAAAAAGGCCAGUUAAGAUGUUUAAAAUUAUUAAUUGCGCAUGAUACAGACAAGAACGUUCUUAACAACUGUUUGCAGACGCGAUUGUUUAGGGCGGCUUAUAGUAGGCAUAAUAAAGUGGUGAAAUAUCUGCCGAGCCGGAGAGUAGACACUAGACGCAGGGAUGCAACAGGGAAGACG